AGGUGAAUAAUUUUCUUUGGAGCCAAACAACAAACCGUAACUCGAACGCGAGAAAAAAGAGAAUUCCACAAAGAUCAAACGCCAAUCAAUUCGUAGAUCCUCGCCUUCUAGAUCAAGAAUGGGGAAUACAGAGCGAUUGAUGAACCAGAUCAUGGAGCUCAAGUUCACAGCGAAGAGUCUCCAACGCCAGGCAAAGAAAUGCGAGAAAGACGAGAAAUCCGAAAAACUCAAAGUCAAGAAAGCGAUCGAGAAAGGAAACAUGGACGGAGCUCGAAUCUACGCCGAGAACGCGAUCCGCAAGCGAAGCGAACAGAUGAAUUACCUUCGCCUCGCUUCUCGCCUCGACGCCGUGGUCGCGAGACUCGAUACUCAGGCCAAGAUGACCACAAUCAGCAAAUCCAUGUCCUCGAUCGUGAAAUCGCUCGAAUCGACCCUCGCUACGGGAAACUUGCAGAAAAUGUCGGAGACGAUGGACCAGUUCGAGCGACAGUUCGUGAAUAUGGAGGUUCAGGCCGAGUUUAUGGAGAGUUCGAUGGCCGGAAGCACAUCGCUGUCGACUCCCGAGGGAGACGUGAAUAGCUUGAUGCAGCAGGUGGCGGAUGAUUAUGGACUCGAGGUGUCGGUGGGGCUGCCGCAGCCGGCGGCGCACGCGGUGGCGGUGAAGGCGUCGGAGAAGGUGGAUGAGGAUGACUUAUCGAGGCGACUUGCCGAGCUCAAAGCCCGUGGGUAAUGGAAAAUGGGAAUCUUAUUGUGAACUCUGUAUUUAAAAUUUUUAAUACUUGUUUGAUGAGCUUAAUGUGUAAAUUUGACUGAAUUUGCAAUCAUCAAUUAUUAUGUUAACCUUUUGAUUAUUGUGUCCA